UCAGCUCAUUAGCUUGCUGAUACACGCAGACGUUUUGUCUUUUGAUGACACUUGCAAAGACAGUUUGCCUUUUUGCAGCGCAACUUCUGAUGAGUAACUCCAAGCCCCAAAAUGAAUUGACACAAAACGUCUGUGUUUUAAACUAGAUGACUGAGGUUCACUCUGCAUUUCUGACUGCUAUAUUAAGAACUCCGACUCAAGUGAAGGACCUUAGAGAGAUUGCUGUUUGGCUACAGAGAUGAGUGUUGGGCUGACACAACCCAUCUGUAUGGAAAUAGCUCUGGCUCUACUCAUUUUGCCAGAUCUUUGUUUCAGGGGUUUUGUGCACCGACUGGCUUGUGACAUAUCAACCGAAAGAGAUCUGUGCAGUAAGAGGCUCUUCUGUUGUCAUUUCAUGCACAUUUCACUAUCCUGACAAGCUUGAUAACAAGAACCUAACAGUGGAAAAAGUCAUGUGGAGUCAAGGGAGGAAACAGUUUUUUGAUGGCCCUUUCAUCACUGAGAGUAAUAAUAGAACUCAUACCGGCACCAAAUUUGAGUACGUUGGUAACAAAGUUCAUAAUUGUUCUUUGCAAAUCCACCAAGUAGAGCAGAGAGACAGUGGAGAAUAUGCAUUCAGAUUUGAAACUAACAACGGCAAUUGGACGGGAAAGAACGCUACAAACGUGAAUGUUUCUAAGUUGUUCAUUUCAAUGACAACACCCAAAGUACACGAACCAAUAAAAGAAGGGGAUUGUGUGAAUCUGACCUGUAUGUACAACUGUUCAUCAGCAGUUAUGUGGUUCAAGAACAGAACACCCCUGCAAGAGGAGUCCUCAACUCUUUACCUCCGUGACAUAUCCUUUCAAGACUCUGGAAACUACUCAUGUUCGCCAAAGCAUUACAACAGACCACUUUCUGAGGUUAUCAGGGUCAAUGUUGAAUAUGGCCCUAGGAAUACCUCAAUCUCAGUUUGGCCGUCGUCUGAAGUUUUGGAGGGUAGUGAUGUUACUUUGACCUGCAGCAGCAAUGCUAACCCAACAUUGAACUACACUUGGUUUAAAAUAGAUGGAGACAGUUGUCUGGAAAUGGUAUAUCAGGCUGAGCUACAGUUUAAUGUUAUUCUCACUGGUAAUAGUGGGAAAUACUUCUGUGUCGUCAGCAAUAAGCAUGGAAGACAGAAUUCCACUAUUCUAUCUCUGAAAGUCAAAGAUCAUGCAAAGGGGGUGGUAGCUGUGACACUCACAAUACUUAUUGCAGUUCUUGCGGUUGUGCCAAUGAUUGUCAUUGUGCCUAUGGUUGCUUGGCAUCUUGUUGCUCACAGGAAAAAGACUACAGCACCAAAACCACACACAGAAGAGAACACACAGACCACAGAAGCGCAUGUAACCAGUCUCACAUCAGACUGUAGUCUGACAGAAGAGUGGAGAGAGGAGGAACCAUCGCAACAGGAAGAUGUCAGCUAUACAACAGUGCACAUCAACACCAAGCAAAGGGCAAACAUAGAACAGCAGAACGAGGAAACUACGGCCAUCUACAGCUCUAUAUGGGAGCAACAAGCCAAGGAGGACCUCUACAGUGUAGUAUCCAGACCCACUCCUAGGGGGAAACAGGCCUAGGAUGACCCAGUCAUCUACAGCACUGUGUUCAGGCAGUAGUUGAGAUAUUGCCUGGCUAACCAAACUCCUUGAUCCGGCCAAACGCUAUGCCACGCCCACAGAUGUUAGUGUCUUCUGAGUCUGGAUCGGAGUACCUUCCUGACAAUUUCUAGAAUGAAAACACAUUCUAACCACUCUGAUUGGUCCCAGAAACUGAUGGGUUGGGCCACAGAGCCAGAACACACAUGGGUAAAGCGCAUUGAUAGAGGACUCAUCUUUUUAUCUGUGACAUAGCGUCUGUGACAGCAUGUGCAGCACCAUUUAGGCCAUCUUCAUUUUGAAGUAGUUAAUUUUCUUCUUCAGGUUGGCUGAUCCCUCCUGAUGACCCGGUUGGACAUGACUCCAACAUGGCCACCAGGAGGGAUCAGCCAAUAAAUGUUGGAAGUCCCAUCCAGUCGAUUACAUUAAAAUGGUGGAAGCCCUCAAUGGCGCUAUGAAAAUUCUUCAUUGGCUUUGAUACUCUGAUUGGUUAGAGAUGAUCCAAUUGCUGAUGACCUAAUUUUGACUUCAACUGUGUCCGUCUGACUGAAGUACGUAGCAAACAGAACGGCUGAAGAUUUCAGUUACCUUGUGUCGUCAGGCAAGUUGAGAUGGUGAACCUCACACAACGGACCCUGAGGAUCUAUUAGACUCCACUAGAGGUCAGAACAGAGCCUUUGCAUGAUGAAUGAACUCAUAGCUGUGAACAGAGGAAGAGAUUAUGAUAUCUGCAAUACACCUGUGACAAUGCAGAUGGCCACCUUGGAUAUCUGCAGUCCAAUCAUUUAUAUAUUCCAUAAGAAUAAAGACUCCAAUAUUUUGAGACAUUGUUUCUUUUGUUUGACUUUUUCAAUGUAUUUCACCUAGUCAUAUGCAUCUGGCAAUGCAUUUGACAUGUAUUUUUAAAACCCUUUCCUGCAGUCAAACAACCAAAAGCACCCUCAUUGGUAGAAUGUAAAUAUUUUUUCUAAUUUCAUAAUUUUAAACAUUAUAUCCGGUGUUCUAUUUAAAGACGGUUUGGUUAUAUUUCAGUCUUCUAGGAUGUAUAUAAAGUGUAAACUUGGGAUGCAAAAUUGAAUAAAUUUAAACUCUAUAUGUGA